CAGUGAUUUAGUGAUAGGUGCCUUAGUCAGGACAGAGUAACCCAUCUCCACUCUGUCCUUCCGGACGCUCACACCAGUGGUGUCCAUUUUAUUUUCUUACCAAAAAAAUAAGGAGAGCAUUCAGAGACCGCUUCUAGGCAAUACAAUGCCCCAUUUUCCCACAGUAAACCAGGCGACGCCUUGAGUAAGUUACAAGCAACUCCACUUCCGCAUUUUUCUUGUGUCCUGGUCCAAGAUGGCGGACGAGGCCACCCGGCGGGUCGUGUCUGAGAUCCCUGUGCUGAAGACUAACGCCGGACCCCGAGAUCGGGAGUUGUGGGUGCAGCGACUAAAGGAGGAAUAUCAGUCCCUUAUCCGGUAUGUGGAGAACAACAAGAAUUCAGACAAUGAUUGGUUCCGACUGGAGUCCAACAAGGAAGGGACUCGGUGGUUUGGAAAAUGCUGGUACAUCCAUGACUUGCUCAAAUAUGAGUUUGACAUCGAAUUUGAAAUCCCUGUCACAUACCCCACUACUGCUCCAGAGAUUGCAGUCCCGGAGCUGGAUGGGAAGACAGCAAAGAUGUACAGGGGUGGCAAAAUAUGUCUGACGGAUCAUUUCAAACCUCUGUGGGCUAGGAAUGUGCCCAAGUUUGGACUAGCUCACCUCAUGGCCCUGGGGCUGGGUCCUUGGCUGGCAGUGGAAAUCCCUGAUCUCAUUCAGAAGGGUGUGAUCCAGCACAAAGAAAAAUGUAACCAGUGAAGGAAGGAAGAAGCCACUGAGGCAGGACAAGGGACUUUGGAUAGGCUGCAUUCCUGUUUUCUUGUGAAUCCUGUUUACUCACGAUUCUUUCACCAGGUCACCUCUGGUUGUUACAGAGUAGCUAUAGCUGGAUGGGAAAUGACCAAAUCGAGGAAAGGGUAAGGUCACAGAGUUUCUAAGUUAAGCAAUACUGGAGGUGAAAGACUUGGGCCUUGAAGUCGGCAAUCUGCACCCCUUCUCCAAGAAGAGCCCUGGAGGCGUCUUGGGGGCAAGGGGUUCAACUGACAGCACAAAGCCUUUUGGUUUCUGGAGACAACCUGUCAAUAAAAGCUGCUUCCCAU